AAGGCAGCUCUCAUUUCAAGUCCGUGCAUUUUUAAUACCUUGGAUUCCUAAUGACUUUUCGAUUGCUUUUAAGAUGUAUUGAGGAAGGGGUUAGCUGAUAGGCGGAAGCAGAGGUUGCAGGAAUAUGUGGAUGUUUACUGAGUGCUCAGCGCAGAUGAAUGGAUCCUAUUGAGCCACUUGCCUCUUCCAGCUGCCAAGCUUUCCGCCGGAUUGACUCUCAGCCGCUUGCGAGAAAUACUUUGUAGGGCGAGAAAUAGCUGACUUUUCCAUUCCGUGUGAAGAACAACAAAUUCCUUGGCACCUCGACAUUCCACAGCGGAGCUGCUGAAAGCACGUGUUGGUGUGAAUUUCGCUGCCGAGUGUGGGCUCGGGACUUGUCUCUCGGAAACUUCCCAGUUUAUUUUACCAUCUUUUGACGAUGAGGCUGGGGCUAGCGUUCGCGCUGGUUUGUCUGACCGUUUUCCUACUGGAAUUCGUGGAAUGCCAGAAGGAAGCAAAGACUGUCAAAAAUGUUGCCAAAGGUAAAAAGCAAAAUAUUGGGAAGAAAGUCAAACCUGCCAUCAAAAAGACUAAAAACAAGCCAAAAGUGAAGAAGGUUUCGGUCAAGAUGUCUUCAAAGAUCUUCAUAAUGACUCAUCUAUCGGAAAAAGGCAGGUUUCGGAAACCGCCUGAUACUUUGGUGGUCCCUGCUGGAGAAAGGCUAGUGCUACGCUGUAAAGGGAAUCACAUUAGCUGGGCAUAUCCUAGUUAUCUGGAUGAGGAUGAUGAAGGCAGAUUCAGCAUUACCCAUCGGGAAAGGUUUAGCCAACUGACGGUAAUAAACAGCACAGGAGCUGACACUGGUGAAUAUCAUUGCUGGGCACUGGAUUGUGACACUGAGACCUGCAGAAAGGAUGAAUCCAAAACAGGAAGUACCUACGUGUUCUUUUCUGAUCCACGUGAACUGUUUGUACCAACAAAUGAUUAUUAUGAAGCCAUUCAGCUUCGCACCGACAGACCCACAAGAUUACCUUGUCAAGUGACAAAUCCUCUUGCAAAAGUAUCUCUGCACCGGGAAUUUCCACCUGACAUGAUUCCAGUAGAUGGGAAAUUAAUCACAUUUGAUGUGAAGAAGGGGUUCAUUAUCCACAAAGCUCUACCAUUAUUUGCUGGCACAGUGUACUGUGUGGCAAGUUAUCAGGGAUUAAUGCAGAGCUCUACAAAAUAUCUCCUUAUAUUUACCAAUUACCCAUCUGCCCCUCCAUCAGCUAAAAUCAGAGCCUCAUCAAACUCUGUAUCUGUGGGUGAAAACUUUAAUCUAACGUGUACAGCUCUUGGAGAACUUGACAUAGAGGUGGACUUCACCUGGGAGUUCCCUGGUGAGCAGCUGGGGAGGCCGGCCUAUACCAGGGAAAGCCAAGAGUCUGUGUACGUGGAUGGGCAGUUACAUCAGUUGUCUCAAAGUGUUCUCCUGGUGGAUGAGGGGCGUGCUGUUGACAAUGGGCUUUACAAAUGUGUCGCUCAGAACCUGCAGGGAAAGACCACUGUGUCCACACAUGUAAAAGUGCUUCCGCGUACAAGUGCUGGCCAAACGUAACCACAGGAGCGAGGCCACAUGUUUUCCUCAAGUUACUGAAAAAAACUCUGAAAAACAAAAAAAGCCUAAUAGCAAUAUCUUGUUUUUAAAAUAAAUGCCAUCAGCGCUAAUUAUAUAGUUGUCCUUUCUGUUUUACAGAAUUUCUUUUAUAUUUCAUUAUGCACAUUAUUUAGCUGUGGUGCUUCUUAACUCAACCGUGUGACUAUAAUUCAAAUAGUCAUUCAAUGGUUGUGAAACAUUUAAGGUACCCUGAGGUCAUGAAAAGUGUUGUAUAAAUGGAAGCCUCUCUUCUAAGCUUCCUAAUGAAACUGUAACACCCUUGAAUAACAUUUCCCAGUUUAUCUAAUCAAAUAAGAGCAUGAAUCCAAUUUUGAAUUGAAUACUCAGCAUUGUAUUUUAAACAAGAUGCAGAGAUGAGAGGCAACAUGUCAGAUGUUCUGGGCAUGGGGCAGAAGUGGGAACAGCAAUGAUCGUGUUGAAUGUCAGAACAAGCUCAAAGGGCCGAAUGGCCUACUCCUGUUCCUAAUUUCUAUGUCACGUCACUAUAUUUGCACAGAGGACAUAGGGACAAUUGCAUGGUUUGUGUGGUGUGUAAAAUGGGUGUCAACAGAGGGAGCCAAGAGAUGACGUUCAAUCUUGUAGUCUGUAUACAUAGCAAAGUUUGCUAUGUGAAUCCAGCAUUGCGAGUUUAUGGAUUGAGCUGCUGCAAACAGCAGAGGGAGCUGGUUAUAUAGAGCAUCAUCUUGUAUCAGGAGACAACUACUAGAUGAGUAAAGCUGUGGGUGUGUUACUGCUUUAGAGGGUUGGAUAAUGAAACUACAUAGCUUGAGCACUGCAUUUUUACAGGAAGACUACAGAAUUACACAGACUGAAUUACACAAACGCUACAUUUAAAAACAACAGAACUGGGAGAUGUUUGCUCUGAAUCUUAUAUUUGAGAGACACAAAAAUUGCUAGAACAGGAAAAAAAAAUCAGAUAUGAUGAACCUGACCAGAACUGGGGAAAUUUUAUUACACUCUGUAUUCAAAACAUACUUCCAAUCCAGUGUGUAAUAUCUUCUGAUUCCCAUGAGCUGCAAAUACUCAUAUGUUAAAUCAAAAUGCUGGAGCUUCGUCAAGUGUAUUUCUUUCUGUUGUUCAUGUGGUUACUCCACCUGAAUGGACUGAUACAUGAAUGACAGCAUAAAAUUCCUGGAUAUAUGUUCACAUAACCAUUAGACCCUAGCUGUUUCUGAAUAACAUUAAUAAAAAGCUUCCACUCUACUGUGAAAAUUAAAGAAGGUGGGAGACAGAAUUGAAAUUGUUUUCACACUUAGCCACAAAACUAUGUAAUAAGGGGUAGGCGAUGGCCUAGCGGUAUUACCGCUGGACUGUUAAGCCAGAGCCCCAGACAAUGUUCUGGGAACCCGGGUUCAAAUCCUGACAUGGCAGAUGGUGGAAUUUGAAUUCAAUAAAUAUCUGGAAUUAAGAAUUUAAUGAUAACCAUAAAUCCGUUGUCAAUUGUCAGGAAAAACUCACCUGGUUCAUAAUGUCCUUUAGGGAAGGAAACUGCCAUCCUUACCUGGUCUGGCCUACAUGUGACUCCAAACCCACAGCAAUGUGGUUGACUCUUAACUGGGCAAUUAGGGAUGGGCAAUAAAUGCUGCCUAGCCAGCAAUGCCCACAUCCCAUGAAUGGAUUUUUAAAAAGCUGCAGAAUUAAAUAAGAAUCCUGCACACGUUACAGUAAUAAUCCUGUUAACAAUGCUUGAGAAAGAGUGCUGCAAGCAGUUUGUAGCCAAAAACUCACUUCUGGGAACCUCACGUGCUAGGAAAACUAAUUUAUUUUCUCUUGAAUUGCAGUGACAGCCUUAAUGUCUAUCUGAAUCAAUGCAUUAGAACUCAGUUUCAGCAGAAGGGAGGUAUAUCAGAUAAGCCAGCUCUGGUGACUGCACUCAUGCCAGCUCAAACUGCAUGCUCAGGUAUAUAGUUUGAAUAUAUGGCCUUUAAAACACAAUUGAGGAAUUUUUGGCAUGUGCUGUGAUUGGUAUGUUUCUGUAUACAGAGGAUAAUUAGAACUUUUUUUAAAACCACAACAAUUGCCCUUAUAUUUCUGAUACUGAAUUUGAACCAAUAGAGAGAGCCCAUGAUUCAGCACAUAGAACAGCAGGCCAUUCAGCCCCUUAACACUAUUCCAACAUUCAAUUAGAUCAUGGCUGCUGUGUAUCUUAAUUCCAUUUACUCAUCUCAGAAACAUAGGAACUGCUAGAUGAAAAAAACAAAAGUGCAUCUGGUCUGUUGUCUACAACGCUGAUAAUUGCACCAAUAAUAAAGAAGCUAACUACUAAAAGCAAGUUUUCUCCAUCCAAGGAAGGUUUUUUUUCUAAAGCUGCAGAUCAGUUAAAAGUGUAACACGGUAUAUUUAGGAGCAUGCUCAUUUUUAUUGCUUUAUUUCAUAUCUAAUCAGUAUUUAAUACAGAAUUUCUGGUUUUGAGAGUUUUGAAAUAUAAACUUUCAGCUUAAAAGUGCCUGAGAAAAUGAGACACAUUAAAUUAGAAAAAGAACACUUCUCUUUAUUUGUGUGCUGUCAUGAAAAUUCAUAUCAUUUAAUAUUCUCAUCUGAUAUAUAUGCCCAAUAUGAUUGCACCACUGUCGUGUUGGGUGGGGUAUAAAAUAUACAGUGAAUGCAUUUCCCUCUUUUUGAUAAUCAGCCAAGUCAUUGCUAAUAUCCUUCAAUAACUACAUUCUUUGAAAUAAGUGACAUUAAACCCUAAUAUUUCGAGCUAUGUGUAAAGGCAGGGAGGUCUUGUGAUGCAGUGGUAGUGUUCCUGCCUUACAGCCAGAUGGCAUCUCACUCCACUACUUGAUGGCCAAGGAAGGUGCAUUUUUAAUGUGUCCAAAGAGAUUAAGUAUCCAUUUGUAAAAUCUUACAACAUACACGUAUGGCAAAUGGCAAGACUGGGAAAGAUUCUUGGCCACCCAUGUUAUGGAAAAUAAUUGGAAUCUCCACAUUGCUCUAGGACUACAAUGUGCUAUUUUGCCACAGCAAUUUGAAUGCCUUGUUUGUUUGAAGCCAGUUGGCUCAAUUAAUUCGAAAACUGGUGAAGAUUAGAUUGAUGCCAAUAGCAUGAGAUCUGCAUUCUAGAUUGGAAGGAUUUGGGACUUGCCUCGUUGGUCUCCCUUGGAAGAGGUUUAGGCACAGUGGGUCAGACCUGCCUUUGUUUAGAGAACUGAAGAACAGCCAUCAGGUAUAUUUAAAUGCUGCACAAACCUAAAGGAAAUACAAGUGCAGAAGCCAGAACAAUCAUUUACUUUUACCUUUGAAAACUUUGGCAUUCAAUUAUUUCAAAAUCUAACACAAAAUUCUAACUAUUCAUUAGAUCAGUAAAGUGCUAUUAUUUUCUAUAGUUAUUAGUACGACCUAUUUUUACUAAUUCCAGAUCUGCACUUAUUUCCUGAUUAUCUGGCUUUCCUAACAUUCUGCUGUUCAUUUAUCUGACUGACUGGCACUGAUUUCAUCACUCUUCAGAGGAUUGCAUUUUUCAUAUUCAAAUCCUGUUAGAGUAUUGUGUGUGUACUAUAGUUGUCUGUGAACUAUUUGCACUACCCUGAGUUUAUUGUAGAGCUCUUUGAUUAUCAUCAUAUUUGGCAUCAUUACAUCCAAUGGAAACGUAUGGAGGUUAUGGGCUGUUGGCAGUUUCAAUCGGAUUAGGAAGUGGACUUCCAGAGUUCCUUUCUAACAAGUGUGGGACUGUGGACUGUCCUCUGUAAUAGUCUGCAGUGUGUACAGGCAUUAUCAAGCACCAACAGUCUCCAAUAGUUUUAUUGAAGACACAAGCAAUUCUUUCUGAAAAACUUCUGAACUAUCUGAUCUAACGUCUUAUUCUAAAUACAAUUGUAAUGUUACAAAGUGCUUGAAAUUUUGAGAUGCAAGUAGACAUUAUAAUUUGUAGCUAAUGCAUCAAGCUUUGGUACAAUGGCUUAUUUUGUAUUUUUUAAACCACAAGUUAUAUGCAAAUAAAAAACUAAGAUUAA